CUGUUUGAGACCAAAGAGAACUGAAAAAGCAAGUCAUUUAAUGAUGGAGAAAUUCAAGGCUGCCUUGUUACUAGCAGGGGUAGGGGAUGCUUUGGGCUAUCGAAAUUUUAUUCAGGAAAACAAUGCUUUAGGUGCAAAAAUUCAAGAGGAAUUGAAAGAAAUUGGAGGACUCGGGAACCUGGUCUUGUCCUCGGACAAAUGGCCAGUAAGCGACAAUACUCUGAUGCACAUGGCGACAGCUGAAGCUCUCAUCACAGAUUAUUGGUGCUUAGAAGAUCUGUAUCGCGAACUUGUUAAACGUUACGUUGAUGCUGUUGAAAAACUUCCCGAGAAAAGAUCAGAUCCUGCUACUAUUGAAGGAUGCUCCCAAUUGAAGCCAGAUAAUUACCUCCUUGCUUGGCAUACACCCUUCAAUGAGAAAGGAUCAGGGUUUGGUGCAGCUACAAAAGCCAUGUGUUUAGGGAUGAAAUACUGGAAGCCCGAAAGGCUGGAAACUCUAAUUGAAGUGAGCAUUGAAGUCGGACGAAUGACUCAUAACCAUCCUACAGGCUUCCUAGGAUCUCUCUGUGCAGCUCUGUUUGCUUCGUAUGCAAUCCAAGGAAAGCCACUGGUCCAAUGGGGAAGAGAGAUGAUGAAAGUUGUCCCAAUGGCAGAAGAAUAUUGCAAAAAGACCAUCAGGCACAUGGCAGAAUAUCAGGAACACUGGUUUUACUUUGAAGCAAAAUGGCAAUUUUAUUUGGAGGAGAGAGAGAUCAACGAAGAAAACCAGAAUAAACCCCAAUUUCCUGACAAUUAUGAUGCUGAGGAAAGGGAAAAGACUUACCGGAGAUGGAGUUCUGAAGGUCGUGGUGGAAGGAGAGGUCAUGAUGCUCCUAUGAUUGCGUAUGAUGCUCUCUUAGGAUGUGGUGGUGACUGGACAGAGCUUUGUAACCGGGCAAUGUUCCAUGGAGGUGAGAGUGCCGCUACGGGAUCAAUUGCUGGCUGCUUGUAUGGGCUACUCUAUGGCCUCAACAAGGUUCCUAAAGGCUUAUACCAGGAACUUGAGCAAAGGGAGAGGUUUGAAUACUUGGGGGAAACUAUUUUCCAACGAUCUUCAGAGGAAAAGUAAAGAUACUUUUAUUUUUUUUUAUUUUAUAAUAAACUGGCAAUCACUUAUGAAAACAAAUUUGCAGGAGAGAAAAAAGAAAAGACCAGA